AUGCUUACAGCUAUGAGCUCUCCUCCUGUGAUAGAUGAACCUAUUAAAGGUCCCAAAGAUGUGCGACUCAUUCAUUUGAUUAUGAGUUCUCUGGGAGUUCCAGCCUAUUCCCAAACGGUCCCCUUGCAAUUAUUGACAUUUGCCCAUCGCUAUACACAGCAAUUGGUUCAAGAUUCUCAGGUUUAUGCUGAACAUGCUCGUGGGACCGGUGUUCCUAUUUCGGUCGAAGACGUUCGUUUGGCAGUUGCAUCGCAAGUGAAUCAUUCUUUUACGGGUCCUCCUCCCAAAGAAUUUUUGCUAGAAUUAUCUACCGAACGAAAUAGAAAGCCCCUGCCUCAAAUCCAACCAGCUUAUGGCCUGAGGUUGCCUCCUGAGAAGUAUUGCCUUACUCAACCAAACUGGAUUACUAGUAAUGAGUUAAAGAAUACGGAUGCUAUGCAGGAAUUUCCUGAGGAUGUUAGAAUGGACGAGGAGCCGAAUGCACCAGACAUAAAGGAAGAACCGAGAUAA